CAACAGAGCUCUCUGAAAGACACGAGUGAAUGGAAGCGGUUUGUUGAGACAUUGCUAAAACUUUCAGCAUUUUAUUUCAGAUAUUUUUGUUUCCACAGUAUUUACUCUAAGGAAGAAGAUUUCAAGGGAAAUAGCCAUGUGUGUUACUAAUAUUAAAAAAAUAUCUGAACUGGCUACUUCUGCACUAAAUUUCAAAAUAGCGACUUGUCACGGCGCUUAUAUAAUUGCCUUGGUGAAUAUCGCUUGGGUUUUCUUUGAUCUGUGGUACGUGCCCCACGUUUGCUUCGUGCCAUUAUUUAGUGAUUCUGAAAUUGUGAUAUACACCUUUGUUGGAAUGGCUGCAGUUGUUAACAUCGCGUGUGCCGCUUUUCAGCUCAUUUUAAUAUCUGGAAUAAAUUCAGACAGCGCAGCAAAAAUCCUUUGGUGGUUGCGCUCUAUGAUCUUUGUGUUCAUUCCCUACAGAGGUUUGGUACUCUUAAUAUCGCUUUACAAACACCACUUCCUGUACACUGCGCUCAAUGUCGUGGUCUUGAUUUUCUUUGCGGUCAGUACAAAAGCCAUGGAUGUGUAUCAAACAGAGCAUGGUUAGUCCCCAAUAUUAUUAUGUGUCAAUGAAAAUGCUCUGCGAUUCAUCAGACUGUAUCAGGCCAGGCCAGCAAAUUUAAAACAACGACAUGAGCUUUCCUCUCCGACAAAAUUUGUGAACAGUGAUAAGAAAAAAAACUUAGUCAACCGAGAGGCUCACUGCGGCGGACGGGGUCUUUUAAUCUCGGAAGUUUUAGCGAAAUUCUUGCUUGUGGAUGGUGCCAAUUUGUAAAACUAAAAUUGUUUUUUUUUUUUAAUAAAUAUUUUUCAACUAAUAAAAGUUAACAAUGCAUUUAAGAUGUAACAAUGUGGAAAAAUAAACGACAAUAAUAGUUUUAAGUAA